AUGGUCAUGAACUCUGAUUUAAUUCCUCAGCCCGAGUACGUUACUGGAUUCAAGCUUAUUCUUGUCGUUUCCGGUGCAGCGCUGGCAUGUUUCCUCAUGCUAGUCGACACCAUGGUGAUUAGCACGGCUAUUCCUCGCAUCACCGAUGAAUUCCAUUCGCUUGCCGAUGUCGGUUGGUAUGCAAGCGCCUAUCAGUUUGGCAUUGCAGCUCCUCAGCCUUUGGUAGGCAAAAUCUAUACACACUUCAGAACCAAGUGGACUUUUCUCCUAUUCUUCGGUAUCUUCGAACUUGGCUCUGUAUUGUGCGGCGCGGCGGUCUCAUCUAUUAUGCUAAUUGUUGGCCGAGCCGUUGCCGGUCUUGGGGCUGCUGGGAUAAUCAAUGGUGCCAUCACCAUCGUGUCCAGCUGCGCGCCGUUAGAAAGGCGCCCUGCUCUCCUAGGAAUUACCAUGGGAUUACAACAGUUAGGACUCGUCAUCGGCCCCCUGAUCGGAGGCGCAUUUACCACAUAUAGCACGUGGCGAUGGUCAUUCUAUAUAAAUCUACCUAUUGGUGCUGUUAUGGUCCUCCUCAUCCUCCUUGUUCAUAUUCCGGAGCAGGCACAUAAGGGAAGCUUCCUUUCCGUCAUUCCGCAACUACAUCGCCACCUGGACUUGAUCGGCUUCGCUCUAUUCGCCCCAGCCGUGAUACAGCUCCUUCUUGCCUUGCAAUACGGGGGAAACGAAUUCGACUGGAACUCGCCUCAGGUGAUAGGACUUUUCUGUGGUGCUUGUGCAACCUGCUUGGUGUGGUUUUUCUGGAACUAUCGCAAAGGUGACGCUGCCCUCCUUCCCGCAUCUAUGAUCCGUCGACGAACCGUUUGGUCAGCAACCAUGUUCAACGCAUUCCAGAUGGUGGGCAUCUACGGGCUGUUCUACUACCUACCUAUAUAUUUCCAAGCCAUCUACAACACUUCGGCUAUCCUGAGUGGGGUCUAUAUUAUACCAAUGAUACUACCUCAGCUUUUGACAGCUGGUCUCACUGGUGCUGUCUUGCAGAAGAUGGGUUACGUGAUUCCAAUCGCCACUUUUUCCCUUGUUCUCUCAUCGAUAGGUACUGGCCUUAUGUCCACGUUGCAGGCCAACAGCUCCGUAGGAAGAUGGGUAGGAUUCCAAAUUCUCGCUGGGGUAGGCUCAGGAGCUGGGUUACAGCUUGGCAUAAUAUCAAUCCAAGGUGUCACAACGGGCGAGGAACUGUCCUCGGCCAUGGCAUUCAUGGUGUUCACCCAAUCACUAUUCCCGGCAAUCAUUUUGUCCCUUUGCAACUUAGUCUUGGUCUUGGGGCUCAAGUCCCAGUUACCUCUGUAUGCCCCUAACGCCAAUGCAGCACUUGUCGUCAAAGCUGGAGCGACAAGUUUCCGUGAGGUCGUGAAUGCGGCUGACCUCGGCGGUGUCGUCACGGCCUACGCUAACAGCGUUGAUCGCGUCUUUUAUUUGGUUGUAGGUAUGGUCACCGUUAGCGGUCUCUUCAUAUGGGGCAUAGGGUGGCAGGACAUCCGGAAGAAGGCUGGGGAUAUUGCAUCUACCCAUAAGAGUAUCCAUAUCGAAAACCAAGAAGCGUCAAGUGGGUAG